GGGACUCGGCGGAGGUGGGGAGGGGGGGACUUUUCCACGGCGGCGUCGGAGGAUCCGGUAGCGGACACAAAGGGGCUGAGCUGGGCACUAGACUUGGGGGUUUUGUUUAGUCACAUGAAGCUGAGCAGCCAGUGAGCAGUAGGGGGAAGGGGCCGAGAUCAGGCGGCUUGGGGAGCCUUGCGGUCGCCAUUGCAAUGCACUGAGUAACGGGGCGGUCCGAGAGCAGCCACCAACCCCUCUCUUUGGGGCUGCUCUGCCUCGGCCAGAAGCGUAGGCUCUGGCGUUAACUGUACACACCCCUCCCCUAACGUGGGACCAGGACCGCAGAGCCCUCCCCUCCCCCUGUUUUGCAAGAUCUUAUGCCGAUAGGUGCCUGGGAAGUAACAGCAAGAGGUAAAUCGCUCAAAGUGUUUGGGUUGCCAGGGGCUUGGUGGGUGUCCAGCUAAAGCUUUUUGCUUCUCCAGGUCUGAUUCCCUGGCCUUUGUGUCCCUGGGAGCUUAAUCUCUGCCAGAGGAAAGCAGGUGUGCUCCACUCCUCCCGUGAACCUGAAGAUGAGUUGUCCCAGACCCUUCUCAGUGAUUGGAAACUUAGGUGGUGGAACUAACGGUUUCUUGUUACGAGACUUCCACAGACGACUCUCGUGUUGGGAUCCAUCCAUGGUUUAGCAACAUUAGUGGAAAACUUUUCUUGAACUGUUUUAAGUAAUAUUGACAUAAAUUUAGUUGUUAUAAAACUUUUAUGUUUAGACUUCAUAUUUUGUGUGGUCAUUAAGAAGUACUCAACGAGGAGAGAAACACAAUUGAGAGCCUGAAUGAUGGUCCUGUUUUGUAUACAAGUUAAUAAAUUCAACAGAAAUAACCAAAACACCAUCAUCUAUUCUGGCCAGUCCUAACUAAUGCCAGGCUUGUUGCAUCUGGAUGAUAGAUUAGAUUUGCCUUAAUAAUAUAUUGCCUCUCUGCAGUAGUUUAGUUACAUAGUUUUGGUCCCACAAGAAAAAGAGCAUUUCAAAAAAUAGACAACUCAAAUUGCUCAAAGCAAGGAAACCUGCUGUUUGCCUUCAGCCAUAUGUGUUUGAUUUAAUUUCGAAUGAGAUUGUUCUUGCAACGAGAUGUUAAUAAGACAAAAUCAAGACUAAAUGUGUUAAAUGGGCUUGCCAACAAUAUGGAUGACUUGAAGAUAAACACCGAUAUUACUGGUGCUAAAGAAGAACUCCUAGAUGACAACAGUUUUAUAUCAGACAAAGAGAGUGGAGUUCAUAAACCAAAAGAUUGUCAAACAUCAUUUCAGAAAAACAAUACAUUCACUCUGCCUGAAGAACUGUCAAAGGACAAAUCUGAAAAAGCCUUAAGUGGAGGCCAGUCUACUCUAUUUAUACAUGCUGGUGCUCCUACUGUUUCUAGUGAAAACUUUAUCUUGCCUAAAGGAGCUGCUGUUAAUGGACCAGUUUCACACUCCUCCUUAACUAAGACUUCCAAUAUGAAUAAAGGCAGUGUUUCAUUAACCACUGGACAGCCUGUGGAUCAGCCAACGACAGAAUCUUGUUCAACUUUGAAGGUGGCAGCUGAUCUUCAGCUCUCUACACCACAGAAAGCAAGUCAACACCAAGUUUUAUUUUUGUUAUCAGAUGUAGCACAUGCUAAGAAUCCAACCCAUUCCAUUAAAAAACUACCUACCUCUGCUUCAAUUGGUUGUGACAUUCAGAAUUCAGUAGGGAGUAAUAUAAAGUCAGAUAGCACUUUAAUAAAUCAAGUAGAGGUGGGUGAGGAUAAUGAAGAUUUAUUGGUAAAAGAUGAUUGUGUCAGUACAUUAACAGGAAUUUCCUCAGGUACAGAUGAAUUUAGGUCAGAAAAUGAUACAAACUGGGACCCCCAAAAAGAGUUCAUUCAGUUUCUUAUGACGAAUGAAGACACAGUGGAUAAAGCUCCAGUUCACUCUAAAGUAGGUCUAGAAAAAAAGAGAAAGCGAAAAAUGGAUGUAAGCAAGAUAACUCGUUAUACUGAGGAUUGCUUUAAUGAUUCUAACUGUGUACCCAAUAAAUCAAAAAUGCUAGAAGUAGACUUUAUGGAACAGAAUGAAGAACUGCAAGCAGUAGACUCACAGAAAUAUACAUUAUCAAAAGUGAAACCUGAAUCAACCGAUGAAGACUUGGAAUCUGUGGAUACUUUUCAACAUCUAAUUUAUAAUCCAGAUAAGUGCGGAGAAGACAGUUCACCUGUUCAUACUGGCACUUUUCUUUCAAAUACCUUAAAAAAGAAAUGUGAAGAAAGUGAUUCCGAGUCACCUGCUACUUUCAGCACCGAAGAGCCAUCAUUUUACCCCUGUACAAAGUGCAAUGUGAAUUUUAGGGAGAAAAAGCAUCUCCACAGGCAUAUGAUGUAUCAUUUAGAUGGGAAUAGUCACUUUCGACAUCUUAACGUCCCAAGGCCAUAUGCUUGUAGAGAAUGUGGACGGACAUUUCGAGAUCGGAACUCGCUACUAAAGCAUAUGAUUAUUCACCAAGAAAGAAGACAGAAAUUGAUGGAGGAAAUUCGUGAAUUGAAAGAACUUCAGGAUGAAGGAAGAAGUGCACGAUUACAAUGCCCUCAGUGUGUGUUUGGUACCAAUUGCCCUAAAACAUUUGUGCAACAUGCUAAAACCCAUGAAAAAGAUAAAAGGUACUACUGCUGUGAAGAGUGUAACUUUAUGGCAGUGACAGAAAAUGAAUUGGAAUGCCAUCGAGGAAUUGCCCAUGGAGCAGUGGUAAAAUGCCCUAUUGUCAGUUCUGAUGUAGCCCAGAGAAAAACGCAAAAAAAGACUUUCAUGAAGGACCCCGUUAUAGGAUCAUCAAAAAAAUCAGCUACCUAUAUAUGUAAGAUGUGUCCUUUUACUACUUCAGCCAGGAGUAUUUUAAAAAAACACAUGGAGUACUUGCAUUCAUCAUCAUGCAUUGAUUCAUUUGGCAGUCCUCUUGGACUUGAUAAAAGAAAAAGCGACAUAAUCGAAGAACCUGUAGAUACUGAUAGUCCUAAACCAUUAACUAAACAACAGUCAACAACAUUUCCAAAGAACUCUGCUUUAAAACAAGAUGUAAAGCGAACGUUUGGAUCAUCCUCACAAUCAAGUAAUUUUUCAAAAUUCCAUAAGCGGCCACACAGAAUACAAAAAGCUCGGAAAAGCAUUGCCCAGUCAGGUGUAAAUGUGUGCAAUCAAAACAAUUCUCCUCACAAGACUGUUAUGAUUAAAAGCAGCAUUGACCAAAAACCUAAGUAUUUCCAUCAGGCAGCAAAAGAAAAAUCUAAUGCCAAGGCAAAUAGCAACUAUUUAUAUAGACAUAAAUAUGAAAACUACAGGAUGAUCAAAAAAUCAGGUGAAUCAUAUCCUCUGCAUUUCAAAAAAGAGGAAGCUAGUUCGUUAAAUUCUUUACAUCUGUUUUCAUCAUCAAGUAAUUCUCACAACAAUAGUUUUAUUUCAGACCCUCAUAACUCUGAUACCAAAAGGCCAGAAAGCUUCAGAGACCACAGGCGUGUAGCUGUAAAGAGAGUAGUUAAGGAAUCUAAGAAGCAAAGUUCUGUUGGAGGAGAAGACUUGGAUAGCUAUCCAGAUUUCUUGCAUAAAAUGACCGUUGUUGUUCUGCAAAAACUUAAUUCUGCUGAAAAGAAAGAUAGCUAUGAAACAGAAGAUGAAAGUUCCUGGGACAAUGUUGAGCUAGGUGACUACACUACACAGACUAUAGAAGAUGAAACCUAUAAUGAUAUUAAUCAAGAACAUGUAAACCUAUUCCCUCUAUUUAAAAGCAAGGUGGAAGGUCAAGAGCCUGGAGAAAAUGCUACACUUAGUUAUGAUCAAAACGAUGGCUUUUAUUUUGAAUAUUAUGAAGAUGCUGGAACUAAUAACUUUUUGCAUGAGAUACAUGAUCCUCAGCAUUUAGAAAAUGCAGAAACUUCAUUGUCAAAGCAUAGUUCUGUUUUUCACUGGACUGAUUUGUCUCUUGAGAAGAAAUCGUGUCCUUACUGCCCAGCAACAUUUGAAACAGGCGUUGGGUUGUCAAAUCAUGUCCGGGGACAUCUUCACAGAGCAGGAUUAAGCUAUGAAGCCCGUCAUGUUGUAUCACCAGAACAAAUAGCCACAAGUGACAAAAUGCAACAUUUCAAAAGAACUGGCACAGGAACACCUGUUAAGCGAGUUAGAAAAGCGAUAGAGAAGUCUGAAACCACUUCUGAACACACUUGUCAGCUCUGUGGUGGUUGGUUUGAUACUAAAAUUGGAUUAUCAAAUCACGUUAGAGGCCACCUGAAAAGACUUGGAAAGACCAAGUGGGAUGCUCACAAAUCUCCAAUCUGUGUUCUGAAUGAGAUGAUGCAAAAUGAAGAAAAAUAUGAAAAAAUCUUAAAGGCAUUGAACAGUCGUCGUAUUAUUCCUAGACCAUUUGUAGCUCAAAAACUUGCAUCAAGUGAUGAUUUUCUAUCUCAAAAUGUUAUACCUCUUGAAGCAUACCGUAAUGGCCUAAAGACUGAAGCUUUAUCAGUGUCUGCAUCAGAGGAAGAAGGGCUGAGUUUCUUAAAUGAAUAUGAUGAAACAAAGCCAGAACUGCCUAGUGGAAAAAAGAAUCAGUCUCUUACACUGAUAGAACUGCUUAAAAAUAAAAGGAUGGGAGAAGAAAAGAAUUCUUCUAUUUCUCCUCAAAAGAUCCAUAAUCAAACUGCAAGAAAGAGAUUUGUUCAGAAAUGUGUUCUUCCACUAAAUGAAGAUAGUCCAUUGAUGUAUCAACCACAAAAAAUGGACUUCACUAUGCACUCAGCUUUAGAUUGUAAGCAAAAGAAAUCAAGGUCAAGAUCCGGAAGCAAGAAGAAAAUGCUAACAUUACCUCAUGGUGCUGACGAGGUUUACAUUCUCCGAUGCAGGUUUUGUGGCCUAGUCUUUCGUGGACCAUUGUCUGUUCAGGAAGACUGGAUUAAGCACUUACAACGACACAUUGUAAACGCUAAUCUUCCACGGACUGGAGCUGGCAUGGUGGAAGUCACGUCACUACUCAAAAAGCCUGCCUCCAUUACAGAAACUUCAUUUUCUCUACUAAUGGCAGAAGCAGCUUCAUAGAACAAGAAAACCUUUUAAAUAGCAAAUUUGAAUUGGAUGUAAAUUUGAAAUUCUUUGUCUUUUUUUUAAAGCCACAUUAAAUUAUCCGUUUAUAAAUACUAAAGCAGGAAAAUGGGGAAAAGUGAAUGACAGUGACAUCAGAGCAAAGUGAGUGCUUCAAACAGUAAGUAGUCUCUAUAUUUUGUAUAGGAUGGGAGAUGUGUUUCUGAGGUUUACUACGUUUUGUCAGUUAACUGUGUUCACUCAAUGAUAGAUCAGUACACGUAAGCAGUCACUAAUAAACUGUUGCACAUGGAUACUUAAAGACAGACUUAUUGGAAAAUUAUGUUUUCUGCAGUGUUACCAGAAUCAAGGUUCUGUUUAUUCCCCACAAGACUUGCAUUGAAAAUUAAGAUAUUAUAUUUUGUUUGUAUAUAUUUAGUGUUUUGUAUAAUACCAGGAACCGCUAACUAAAUUUACUCAACUUAGGGCAUUAAAUAUCAUGUACUUCAUAGUUUGAGACUGUUCACUCAAAUAGGGCAGAGUACUAUUCUAUCUAGAUGUGUAAGUGUUUUUUUAAAAUCACAUGGAACGGUUUUUUUUAUACUAAAAAGUGGAGGGAGAUUUGUUUAAACAAGUAUUUCUAAAAGAAAUAUGUACAUAGUCCUGGAAAUUAUUCAUGGUAAGGAAAUAUUCUUUACUCCAGUUGCAUUUCUCAGACAAUAAAGUGGUGCAUCCAUGCUACCUCCUACUUUGUCAACAAAGAUGCUAUUUACCCUUUACAUUUUUGUAUCAUAAUAGAUUUAAAAAAUCUAAUGUUCUUUAUUGCAAGACAUCCUUUUGUUAACAGAUUUGUUUCUUUUUAAUGUUUUACCUAAAAUUUGACAUGCUUACAGGACAGGUUUGCCUCUUACUUUAUUUAACAUUGUAGAAAUGUAAUUAAUAAACAAUGCUCACUACACAGUUUAGAAUAGGCUUUCUCAUUUAUAUUCUCCUCCAAAUUUGAUCAGUUAGCAAAACUUAAUACACCAAUUGAAAUAUUUCUACAUAUGAUGAGAAUGUUUACAAUUUAAAUUUUAGAACUUGUUUUGGAUGUGACUAUAUGUACGAAAAUCGUGUAACACUAUGCUCAUGCUAAGAACCGACAUAAUGGAAUUACUGAAAUAAAUGUGCUGUGAGGAAUGGAAAAUAUGGUGCAGAUGUCUUGGUCAUGAUAAAUUGUGAUUCUCCUUUUAAACUCUUCCCAAAAGCAAAUUAAUUAUUUUAAUCUGAAAUUAAAUUCCUUUACAAAUGACAGUUUUUGUAUGCAAGCACCAUUUCAUUUUAUUUCAUGUAGUAUGGCUAAUACUAUAGUUGAAACAAGGAUAUGCAUUGAUA